CCUCGUCCGCCUGCACCCAACUGCGUCCUCCUUCCCAAUGCUGAAUCGGUGGCCGUAACAUGGCCCGUAGCCGAAGCAACAACCCUGGGCGGCGAUUGUCUUCUUCUCGCGGCCGCAGCGCCGACGGCACCAACGACCUCGACGACUCGACCUCGCGCGACUUCCAAGACGCCGUCGACGACCUGUUCCCUCCCGCCCGGCCUGACAACUCCUUCUCUCGGCCCCGAACUCCGCGUCGCACCCACGGCGAAACCGGAAAUAACCACCCUCCUCUGCCUUCCGCUGCCGAUUCCCACCCAAGGUCCGCUUCUCAGCGACCCGACGACUCCUCUGCCCGCCCAUACGAACUACAUUCUAUCCCCUCCCGAACCGCCCUCCCGCCUCCGGAUUCCGUGGCGAGUGGUGACAAAUACUCUUCCGAAAAGGCCACGCUCACUCACACCAAGAUGGAGAAGGACUUCUCCAUCCGCGACGAUGUCAGGGCAUACCUGCGCGAGCGGAAGGCUCGGAAACUCGAGAAGAAGGCUGCCAAUAUCAAGACCACAUGGACGCAGCGCCUUGAACAAAUAUACGAAAAGCUGGUUUACGAGUUCGUUCUCCGGCACAGAAAACUUCCUCCUUCCGCCGAUGGUCGCCAUAUCCUGCUCAAUGGGUCCCGCCUCAUCGACGAACGCCGUAACGCUCCCUACCUCAGCAACUUUAUCCGAUCCAAUCGCUACACCGUUUACGAUUUCGUGCCAAAACAGCUCAUAUUCCAGUUUAGUAAACUCGGCAACUUUUAUUUCUUGGUGAUGGGUAUCCUCCAGCUGAUCCCUGGCCUCAGUACCGUUGGUCGCUGGACUACGAUCGCGCCCCUCGGUGUAUUUGUGGCCUUCAGCAUGGCAAAGGAAGGUUGGGACGACUACAGGCGCUACAGGCUUGAUCGGAUCGAGAACCGUAGCGAGGCAUGGAUCUUGGCUGAUGGCGUCGAUGGAAAGGUCAUUAAGCAUGCCGAGAAGAUGAUGAAGAAAGCUAAGAAGGAAAAGGAAAGCGAGGAUGGUGAAGGACAUAUGCUCGACGAUCUCGAAUUCCAGCGCCCUCGCAUCACGGAUAGUCCCUGGGUGUUAGUGGAGUGGCAACAUAUUCGAGUCGGCGACAUCAUCCGUCUACGUCGCGAUGAUGACGUUCCCGCUGAUAUCGUCCUCCUGCACGCCACCGGUCCCAACGGUAUCGCCUACAUCGAAACCAUGGCUUUGGAUGGCGAGACCAAUCUCAAAAGCAAGCAGGCGUGCCCCUUGCUUGCUGAACGAUGCGACACCAUUGAGAAAUUGCGUGCCGCCCGUGCCACCAUCAUCUCCGAAGACCCCAAUCUGGAUCUCUACAGCUACGACGGCAAGGUCACCGUUGGUGAUGAGACAAUGCCCCUCUUCCUCAACAAUGUUGUAUAUCGCGGUUCCACCCUCCGAAACACCACCGAGGCCAUCGGCAUCGUCAUCAAUUCGGGCGAGGAGUGCAAAAUUCGCAUGAACGCCAGCAAGAACGUGCGCGCAAAGAAGCCUGCAAUGCAAUCUACUAUUAAUAGGAUGGUUCUAGCGCAGAUUGUCAUUGUGCUGAUGCUCGCCAUGGGGUUGACCAUCGGGUAUUAUAUCUGGAAGAAGUCCACUGAGGACAAGUCCUUCUACAUCGUUCGGCGUGGGAUUUACAAUGGCACUGUUCCCUUCAAGAAUAUCUUCUUUGGGUACCUGAUCAUGUUUAACACACUCAUCCCUCUUUCGCUUUACAUCAGUCUCGAGAUCAUCAAACUUGGACAACUCCUGUUGCUGCAGGACCCUGAGAUGUACGAUCCAAUUACGGACACUCCAAUGGUGGCAAACACGACCACCAUUCUGGAGAACUUGGGUCAAGUCAAUUACGUCUUCUCAGACAAGACAGGAACUCUGACGGAAAACAUAAUGCGUUUCCGUAAGCUCUCCGUCGCAGGUGUGGCAUGUCUUCAUGACAUGGACCUCCAAAAAGACGAGCAUGCUAAGUUGAAGCGAAUUGAGGAGAUGGAGAAACCCAAGAAGGGCAAAGCUAAGGAAAAGGCCCAAAAACGAUCCACGGUGGCAACCAAGCCAAAUGGCGAUUACGAUGACGAAUCGGUCCCGGGAGAGGGCUUCCAGAAGCGACCGGGCCCCUCCCGGACAUCCUCCAGAUCUUUGUCUCGGUGGAGGUCUUCCGUUCGCCCUGAUGAGGAGUCGGAGAUGAAGACGGAGGAUUUACUCGACUACAUCCGCAGGAAACCCAACACAACCUUCUCUCGCAAAGCUAAGCAUUUCUUGCUUUGCAUUGCGCUCUGCCAUACUUGUCUCCCAGAGGUGAAGGAUAAUGGUGACCUCGAAUUCCAAGCAGCAUCGCCUGAUGAGCUGGCCCUCGUGGAGGCUGCCCGAGACUUGGGCAUUUUGCUGAUCGACCGGCCCGCUCAAUCCAUCAAGCUCCAGACUGUGGACGAGGAUGGUAGCCUACACACGGAAACAUACGAGGUCUUGGAUGUGAUUGAAUUCAGCAGUAAGAGAAAGAGAAUGACAAUCAUCAUCCGGAUGCCCGAUGGUCGCAUUUGCGUCUUUUGCAAGGGUGCUGACAACGUCAUCAUGUCCCGGCUCAGAAUGAGCCAGGUUGCUGAACAAGCGGCUCAAGAUAUUGGUCGACGGGCGAGCGUGCGGAGGAUGUCUGAGCAGGAUAAGAUGAAUCGCCGCAUCAGUGCGCAGGCCUCGAGCAACCCCGGUAGCCCACGAAACAGCUUCGCCCUAAAAAGGGGCGAAUCGUCGAAUCGGCGCGAGAGCCUCAGACUGAGCCUUGGGAGAAGAUCCACGGACCUCUACACAUUGACCCAGUCUCAGAUUGUUGCUUCUCCUCGAUCUCCCCGCGUCUCGGCGGAUUAUUUCAACCCAGCGAGCCCGAGGCACAGCCUUGGCCGUAUGCCGUCAUUAGAGGAUAUUGACCGGAGGAUCGAUGAAACUGUCGCGGCAAACGAGACUGCUGUCUUUGAAAAAUGCUUCCAGCACAUCGACGAUUUCGCAAGCGAAGGUCUCCGAACUCUUCUCUACGCCUAUCGCUACAUCGACGAGGAAUCGUAUUCCGAGUGGAAGGAACUUUACCGAGAGGCAGAAACGAGUUUGGUCGAGCGCCAGCAACGCAUUGAGGAAGCUGGCGAGUUGAUUGAGCAGGGCCUUGAGCUUGCUGGAGCCACAGCCAUCGAAGAUAAGCUUCAAGAAGGUGUCCCAGACACUAUUGACAAGCUGCGCCGGGCGAACAUCAAAGUCUGGAUGCUCACGGGUGACAAGCGCGAGACGGCCAUCAAUAUCGGACACUCUGCCCGUGUGUGCAAGCCCUUCUCAGAGCUGUACAUUCUGGACGCGACGCUUGGGAAUCUGCGAGAUACCCUCACCGUGACACUGAAUGAUGUUUGCCGCGGCAUGAUUCCUCACUCAGUUGUUGUCGUCGAUGGUCAGACCCUUGCGGCCAUUGAUGCGGACGAGGGUCUUUAUACUUUGUUCUACGACCUCGCUAUCCGUGUCGACUCCGUCAUUUGUUGUCGCGCCUCUCCAUCGCAAAAGGCCAACCUUGUGGAGUCUAUUCGCAAGCGAGUCCCCAAGAGUAUGACAUUGGCGAUUGGAGAUGGCGCCAACGACAUUGGCAUGAUUCAGUCUUCACAUGUCGGUAUUGGCAUUUCCGGCCGUGAGGGACUCCAGGCAUCCCGAAUAUCAGAUUACUCAAUCGCCCAGUUUCGCUUCUUGCAGAGACUGUUGUUUGUCCACGGUCGCUGGAACUAUCUGAGGACGGGGAAGUACGUGCUGGCGACGUUUUGGAAGGAGAUUCUCUUUUUCUUGGUCCAGGCGCAUUUCCAGAGACUAAACGGCUACUCUGGGACGUCGUUGUACGAGUCUUGGAGUUUGACCGUAUUCAACAGCGCCUUCACUUCCUUGCCAGUCAUCCUAUUGGGUAUCUUUGAGAGAGAUCUCUCUGCGGCAACCUUGCUGGCAGUACCCGAGCUGUACACUUUUGGACAGAGAGGUCUUGGAUUCAGUUACAUCCAGUACCUCGGGUGGUUGAUCAUGGGUGUGGCUGGCAGUUUUAUCAUCUGGUACUUCACGCAAGAGGUGUACUAUGGUUCUGGCUCCCCCGACGACACGAGCCUCUUCGCCAUGGGUAUGGUUUCCUUUACCGUCGCUGUGCUGUUCAUCAACAUUAAGCUCUUAAUUCUCGAGCUGCACAGCAAGACUAUCAUCACCUUUGCUGGCUUCUUUGUCUCGGUGGCUGGAUGGUUUCUCUGGAUGCUGGCGCUAUCAGGCCUCUACACGAGAAAGGUCGGCGUCUACAUUGUCCGAGAUGCAUUUAUCAAUAACUUUGGUCAUACGCUGCAAUGGUGGACUGCGGUUCUACUGGAGCUGACCGCGCUAAUUGUGGUGGAACUGGCGGUGCAGGCGGUUCGACGCGUCUACUGGCCUACGGACCAGGAUUUGAUGCAACGGCUCGAAAAGGACCACGAAGUCGAGAAGCUCUUUCAGGACCACCAGACUGAGCUUGAAGAUGGCCAAGCGGUGGGUGGCGGUGACGGUGCAGCCGAUACCAACGAAGAAAGGGGACGCCAGGAUCUUAAUGUCCCGCAACCAACUCAGAGCCAGGCUAGGAGCCCGAGGGCGAGCUUCCAGGAUCCCUCCAGGAAGCACGGUCGAGCGAGUCAUGACGACUAUAGACCGCACUUCACGGCAACGGCAGAGGAGCGCGAGGACCCUUUUGAAGAAUACGGCCGUGCCCUUUGAGAGGGACUGAUGGGUAGAUGAUUAUGAGAGCAAGGGUGCUUAUGAUAAUGGGUUCUGCCACUUCUCCUUUAAUGGGCGCGCGAGAAGAUGAUUGGGUCCUCUGGGAUCAGCCCUGUGAGUUUCGUACAUGCGUGGUGCACGGAAUGGGACUUGAUUUGCGAUGGAGUCUGGCGGAUCGAUUGUAUGGUGUUUCUGGAGUAUGGAUUACAUGAUUAUUGAUUAGCAGAGUUGAGACGGGUAUCGCUGAGAAUAGCAAUACAAGUAUAUUAUAUUUAA